AAUUAACCAAAAUGAUAUGUUAUUGUAGCUAACAAUUAACCUAAUGAUUUCUGUAAUUAAAUUUGAUUAGAGAUUGAACAAGCACAAACCAAUAUUGAAUAUAAAUAAAUACAUGAUGUCGUUUCUAUCCUUGAUAGCUCAAUUUUGGUUGCUCUUGUAGCGAAGAUCAUGAGAUUCCUGAAAAGGUUUGCUUUGGCAAAACCUUGUGCCCCAUUUCAUCUUCCUAAAACCCAACUUCACACACACCUCAAACCACCUAAAGCAAACCAGACCCUUAAGAGAUACCUCAAAUCCAAUUGCACCAUCAAAGCUUUCUUACUGUUUAGAGACAUAUUGAGAAAAAGCCCUUCCACAAUUGAUAGCUAUACUCUCUUGUUUGUCCUCAAAGCUUGCUCCCAAAAGUCUCUCUCACUUGAGGGGAAACAACUGCAUGCCCUUUUGCUUAAGUAUGGCUUUCAAUCCGUAGUUUACCUCCAAACAUCUCUUAUGAGUAUGUACUCUGCUGCGGGUAUUGUUGUAGAUGCACACCUAGUGUUUGAUGAAAUACCCUGCAAAAACAUCGUUUGCUGGACCACCUUGGUUUCUGCUUAUGUCGACGAUCAACAGCCUAGCAAAGCUCUUCAGCUGUUCAGGCAGAUGCAGAUGCACAGUGUGGAACCUGAUCAAGUUACGUUGACAGUUGCUCUCUCCGCGUGCGCUGAUCUCGGAGCAUUGGAAAUGGGAGAAUGGAUUAAUGCUUAUGUCCGUCGUAAAUAUGAGUUCGAUACAGAUUUAAGCUUGAGCAAUGCUCUUGUUAACAUGUAUGCAAAAUGUGGGGAUAUUGGAACUGCAAGGAGAUUGUUCGAUAGCCUGCAAGAAAAGGAUGUUAUGACUUGGACAUCAAUGAUUGUGGGGCAUGCGUUACAUGGACAAGCAGAAGAAGCGCUUAAACUCUUCGGACAAAUGAAAGAAGCGAGUAAUAACACCAGGAAGAACACGAAGGACGGUAGCUAUGGAAGCUCUUCAAUUGUCCCGAAUGACGUUACUUUCAUAGGAGUUUUGAUGGCCUGCAGCCACGCAGGGCUGGUAGAGGAAGGGAAGUGGCAUUUCAAAAGCAUGUGUCAAGAGUACGGUUUGAAGCCCAGAGAAGCUCACUUCGGCUGCAUGGUGGAUCUUCUCUGCCGAGCCGGGCUUCUGCAAGAAGCUUACGAUUUUAUUUCGAAGACAGAAGUGCCUUCAAAUGCAGUGGUUUGGAGGACAUUGCUGGGUGCAUGCAGCCUCCAUGGAGAUGCUGAACUUGGGUCACAAGUGAGGCAGAAGCUGCUUGAGUUGGGGCCAAGUUAUGUUGGCGAUGAUGUUGCUUUGUCCAACAUCUAUGCUGCCAAAGGCAUGUGGGAGAAGAAGGUGAUUGUUAGAGACCAAAUAAAGCAAAGAAGAUCUCCUGGUUGCAGUUCAAUUGAGGUGGGGAGGAGCAUUGCUGAAGCAAAGAAGAUCUCAAGCAGUUGAUUCUAAGUAUAUGGCCACUCUCCUGAGCUUUCAAGCCUAAACGAGUCUUGAGGGUGAA